AUGGACCCCAACAACACUGCCCGCCGCCACAGCCGUCGCCUGCCGCCACUGAUGGUGCAGCCGCCUCCGCCGCACCUCGUCCGCAGCAGGAGCGGAGCUCCAACCGCCAUGUUGCUCCCUGAAGCCCGCACCCCUAGCCAAAGAGUCACCGUUGCCCGCUCCAAAUCGACUUCCAAACCGAGGCCCAAAUCAUCAGGCCACGACGGAGAUGGCGAAGAGGACAACAACAACGGCAAUGUAAGUUCAGCCAAGCUCAAGAGACGCCAGCAAAGUAAUCCCUCUGGGCUGGUAGUACCGAGAACGACACAGUCGGCCCCACCUUCGCCCUCGGCGUGGGCUUUAUCUCCAGGACGAAGUUUAUCGCGGGCAGGAUCAUUAGCGAUGGAGGUUUCUUCCGGCUUCAAUGCGCCAAAGGCAUGUACUAAGAAACCGGAGAGCAAAACAAAUGGAGGUGGUGGCAAUGGCGGUGCAGUUAGUAAGGUUUUGAAGUACUUCAAGCCAAAGAGGAAGGUAUCGCCUGUGCAAGAAGAGGAGAUUCACAAGUUACGCAUCUUGCACAGCUCAUUAUUGCAAUGGAGAUUCGCUAAUGCUCGUGCUCAAGCAGCUGCGGAUAACACGAAGAGGAAUGCCGAGGAGAAAUUGCUCCUGGUAUGGAUUAGGAUAGCAAAGAUGAGAUGGUCAGUGAUGGAGAAGAUUAUCGAAAUGCGAAGAGUUAGACAUCUUAGAAGGUUGUACGAGAUCAUGAGCCCUCAGGUUCAUAUGCUGCAAGAGUAUUCAGCGAAGCUGGAGAGGAAACAUGUUGAAGGGCUUGGCAGGUUGUCGAGAAAGCUGGUGGCUCUUUCCAACCUUCUUCCUCUCGAAAGUGCCAAGGCCGAUGACAUGAUGUCCAUUGCCAGAGCUAUGAACAUGGCAAUGGAAGCAAUGGACAACAUGAACGCAACAAAUCUCGAUUUGUUCUUACAGGCUGAGGAAAUGUGUUACUUGAUGACAGAGCUUAUAAGCACCCUCGAUAGAGAAAGGCAUUGUCUUCUGGAACUUGACAAGCUUGUACCCAUCUUCGUUGCCUUAUUGGCAGGGGAGGGGAGCUUGAGAGCUCACAUCAUCCAAGCAAAAGAAUUGGCCAUACUUCAUAUCAGUCCUACGACUGUUACGAGGCGAAAGCUUGGCAAAUGUCCUCCGAUGGGUUAUGCAGAAAUUAAACUAUGCAAUGUUUAAGCUCCUCAGUUAACUUUGUGUAUUAUAUUUCGAUGUGAUUCUGAAUUUCUUAGACUCAA